AUACAUUUUGAAGGCGUGAUAGUAGAAUGAAAAAUAUACCUGGCAUCAUUUACAAUUACAUGACAAAUCGGCCUUUCGGGUCGCGGUUGGGUUUACAGAAAAUUUUUGUAAAUCGGCGCAUAUGGGUAGUUUCAAGCCAAAUGCUUACAGAUGGGUUCGUAUAUAUAAUAAUAUUAUAUAUACAGUUUGUGCAAUUAUAGAUUUUUAUACUAUAUGUUAUCAAACCAUAUCAGCCUAAAGUAUUUUUUGUGCACUCAAUUUGCAUGCUUUCUCCCCAGAAUAGACUAAGAAGACGGGCUAAAUUUACUCCUGAGUCCUGACCGAUAAUUAGCGAGUUACUGGAUAAUACUGGAGUUAUAAUAAUGCACACUCCUUAUAUUCCCCGCAUACAAUAAAAUUUUGGGAAAUGUCAUGAAUCCCAAAAAUUUCUUAAACUUGUCGCUAUAAUGCAGUCGACUGUUGAGUAUUUCACACAUUAUCAAAAGAUAAAAUAUAUAAAUAUACUUAAGGUGUUCUCUUCACUUUCCAUUUUGAAAUAUUUUCCAUGACUGCUCUCCAUUACUCGAAAGAAAAUCCAUAUUAUACUAGAAGAGUUUGAAUUAUAAAGUACAUGAAAUCUGUUAGUAAUUUAUUAAUGCUCUUCGACAAAAUCAGAUAGAAAUUGCUUGUUCUACAGGGAUAUGUUAGUUAAAAUUACAAGUCUUUUUUACUUAUACACACACCGCUGUAAAUGUUAAUUUCAAUGUGUUAUGAAGUUAAUGCAUAACAGCUAAAUUAUUCAUAUUUAAUCCAUUUUAUAUUAUAAAGCGGAUGAGUCAAUAAAACUGUUGUCAUUGUUGUCUACAUUCAGAAGACUAAAAUAAAAUUGAUAGCCAUUCUAGGACAAAAAAUGGUGGGGAAGCUUGUACUAUUUUGUGCGCUGUUUACUGCAGUAAAUGUUAAAGAUACUCAUGCAUGUGGGGAAAAGGAUAGUCACUGGGAGCCGCAAGAUAUUCCAACGAGGGCAUUGCAAACAAGAAUUAUUGUAUAUGCUGUUCCUCUUUCAUUACCGAGCGUAUCAUUAGCAGAAAAUGUCGUCAGUAUUAAAAAGAGUUCAGCAGCAGACGAUAAUGCAUUAAAUAAAGCUGAAUUUUCGCUCAUUUGUAUUUUGAAAUAUGAAAGAUAUCGGGGAAAGAAGUAUAAAUUACAAAAUCCACAAGGUGGCGAUCAAGAAAGGUUCAAUGUGACCAACACCAACCUAAGUGAUACAUACUGUGGCGAUAUUAUCCCGGAGAUUGGAAAACCAUAUUUCCUUUUUCUUCUUGUCAAUCAAAACACUACUUCUGAGAAAAAUUUUCUACUUGAUUUCGUAAACAAGCAAGAUGCUGUUUUUGAAGAUACUUUAGACAACAGAGUAGCAUUAGAAGAUCAUAUUCUCGAAAGCGGAUGUCAACUUCCGGAUAUUCAAAUCGACUUCCGGUCUGAAACUGACGCAAGCAUGUUUUUAGAUAUAAAUGAAAUUGAACUUGAAAAUCUUAAAAAGCAAAAUGAUGACCCGGAAGUAGUGGAAGACGUACCGACAGAACAAUCUGCAGCUGAAAAGCUACCUGUCAGUGAAUUAAUCUCAACUCGUAUUAUGCCUGGGAGCAUUUCACAAUCUGUUGACUUUCGACACGACUAUCUACUUACGGAACCGCAAACGACAACGAAAAAUUUAUACCUCACGACCAAUAGCUCGCCAAAACUUCAAAUAUCCGCAAUUUUGCGUCUAUUUGUAUUUUGCUGUUUUUGGAAAUAUUUUUAAAUCAGUCUUUCACGUCUUAAUCCAAUUGCAAAUAAGUUUGAUUACAACGAAACGAACGUUCGAAUUAUUGAGCCAUUAGUGCAUUGUCCCUCAAACAAAAUAUGAGUGGUAUUGUCCUGUCAAAUUUCCUUUUUUCAUUAUUUCAGAUUAUUUUGGCGUAGAUAAAUAUACUUCACUUUUGAUGUCCGAUUUAUCACAGCUUAUGUCUGAUUUAGACAUAGUGUCAAAAGCAUAUGAAGUAAUAAAAAAAUAUAUAAAAAUUGUUCAUCUGAAAUAGGAAUCCGACUAUAAAUUUAUCAUAGUGCUUAGGUCGUUGACUCAUUCUUGUUUGUGAAAUAAAAUUUUUACAUAAUAAAAACUAGUCAUGGUUUUUAUUCGUUUCUUACGUAUUUGCAAAAUAUGACGACUAUUAUCACGGGCCGUCAAAUUUUGAGUUCCGUCCAUUUUAUUUUAUUUAUAUUCGGAUAUUUUGUAAUUUGAUUCAUGUUUUUAUUCGUGUUUUAUGUAUUCAAGAAAAUAUGACGACUAUUUUCAAAGCGCGGCAAAUUAUUGAAUUCAGUCUAUUUUAUUAAGUUUAUGUGUAUUUUUAAAGAAUACAUACAAUAAGUAAAAACAUUUUGUUCAGCCGGUUUAUUAAAUUUUUGUGAAUACGUACGACUAUUGACCAUUGCCGAAGUACACAAUCAAAGCCGUCUUAUUCGAAGACGAAUUAUUUCCGGCUUGAAUGGGGCAAAUACGAAGAAUUGCACUCUUUGCCUCCUUGCUCUUGUUGCUUCGCUAAAAUUGUUUUCAUGUUGAGAACUUAUUGUUUGUAAAAUAAUUCAAAGAAGUGGUGUAUGUACAUAAUGAUGAAAGAGAAACUGUA